UGUUCGGCUGCAGCCACUGCCGCAGGGCAGCGGAAGUUUGAGCGUCGCGGAGCGCGCGAGCGGUGACUUCUCCGUGGGAGCUGCCUCACAGUCGGAGCCGCCGUCAUGAGCCUGGAGAAUAAAGUGAAGAAGAUGGGCUUGGGCCAUGAGGAAGGAUUUGGUGCCCCCUGCUUAAAAUGUAAGGAAAAGUGUGAAGGAUUUGAGCUUCAUUACUGGAGGAAAAUAUGCCGCAACUGCAAAUGUGGCCAGGAGGAGCAUGAUAUCCCUUCAAGCAGUGAGGAAGAUAGGAAAGUGGGGAAACUCUUUGAAGAUACAAAAUACACAACUCUCAUUGCAAAGCUGAAGAAUGAUGGCAAUCCCUUGUAUAAACGCAAUGUAAUGAUAAUGACCAGCCCAGUGCCAGCCAAGAAGAACAUAACCAUCGAUACUGUGACUUAUGAGUGGGCUCCUCCUGUUCAGAAUCAGACACUUGCUAAGCAGUACAUGCAGAUGUUACCCAAGGAGAAGCAGCCUGUGGCUGGCUCGGAAGGCGCGCAGUACAGGAAGAAGCAGUUGGCAAAGCAGCUGCCUGCUCACGAUCAGGACCCUUCAAAGUGCCACGAGCUUUCCCCCAGUGAAGUGAGGCAUAUGGAACAAUUCGUGAAGAAGUACAAAAGAGAGGCACUUGGUGUAGGAGAUGUCAAGCUCCCUGGUGAUGUGGAAGUGAGAGCUCCUGAUGAGAAUAACUUGAAAAAUGGUGGUGGCAGAGGUACCUCAUCUGCUGUUGGAACAAUGGAGAAGUUCCCAAGUCAGAAAGCAUCUCAAUAUUCCUGCUAUCACUGCAAACUGAACAUGAAGGAAGGUGACCCAGCUGUCUAUGCAGAACGUGCUGGAUAUGACAAAUUGUGGCAUCCAGGUUGUUUCGUCUGUUGCACGUGCGGUGAACUUCUAGUAGACAUGAUCUAUUUCUGGAAGAAUGGUAACCUGUAUUGUGGAAGACAUUAUUGUGACAGUGAAAGACCCCGCUGUGCUGGAUGUGAUGAGCUAAUAUUCAGCAAUGAAUAUACUCUAGCAGAAGGGCAAAACUGGCAUCUGAAACACUUCUGCUGUUUUGACUGUGAUUGUGUUCUGGCUGGGAUAACCUAUAUAACAGUGAAUGACAAGCCAGUCUGCAAAUCCUGCUACAUGAAGAACCAUGCUGUGAUCUGCCAAGGCUGUCACAAUGCAAUAGAUCCAGAGGUUCAGCGUGUAACCUACAACAACUACAACUGGCAUGCUAAGCGGGAAUGUUUCUGGUGCUCCUGUUGCAGCAAGUGUCUCAUUGGCCAGAAGUUCAUAUCUGUGGAAGGGAUGCUUUUCUGCUCAGUGGGAUGUAAGGAAAAGAUGAUGUCCUAAAAGAAGACAUGCACAAAACUAAUCAAGUAUUGCUGUGUUCCAAAGGCUCUUGCAUUUCUACUGUAAAAUGUAUAGUGUCAGGGCAUUUAAAAUUAUUGAAAGUAUUAAAUAGCAUUUCCCAAAGAUUUUUUUUUUUUUUAUGUCUAAAGCUUCCUAUGUAAUCCUCAUUUCUUAGCUAUAAUAAUAUUUUCUCUUUUGGAAUACUGUGUCUAAUUUCAAAUUACUUCAUAUCACAGAAAUGUAAGAAAAAAUGUGUUACAAACUCUGUACAUUCUAAGGGAGCUCUUCACUGUGAAGAAUCUUUCUGCUGUAUCUUGUGUAAUGGAACAAGAAAAUGAGAAAAUGUUCCAAUUUAUCUUGUUUUGUAUGAUAAAUGUAACUCUUCCACCUCUGGUUUCACUAAUUUAUCAUUUUCAUAGUUUUUCUGCUUUCAUCAAGCACUUUAGACAAAAUGAUCGGUUUUACUGCCAUGUACAGAUUUGUUUUCCUGACUUCAAGUAUGCAGGGAGAAUGACACUUAAAAAAUUUUGCCUUUAAUAAUUUCUUUGGUUUUGACACAUGGGUUCUUGGGGAAUAGUGACUUCUCAUGUCUAGUUUUGAAAGUAACUCCACCAGUAGAAAAAUGUUGUUUCAUGUUUCUUUUUGCAACUGUUCAUGCCUGGAAAAGCUUUAAUUUUACAGAUACUAAAGUUAUGUUAUAGAUUGGGUGUGGGGUGUGUUGGUGUUAAAAAAUAAGAGCAGGUCCUGCUUAGAUUAAACAAAAAAUGGCCAGAAGUAAUGGGUGUCACUUUUAGCCUUUCAGAACUGGCUUCUGUUUUAUAUCAUGAAUGUUCCUUUCCUAAGCUGUGCCUUCUAUCAAGAGGGAUGUGGCACAUAGUACUGUAUGCAUUUCCAAGAUUGUAUUUCUGCAAAUGGAUCCUGCUUUUGAUUUCCAAGUUUUAACCAAAGCAUGAAGAAGUCUUUCCCAGAAAACUUCCAGUAUUUGAGUGAAAAAAUUCACAGCUGUGUAUUAGCUUUGCUUACUAGAUAAACCAAAUGUGUAGCUCAUUCUUUUAUUUAAUAAUUAUAGCCCUACAGUGAAGCUUCUUAGAUAUCUUUGUGCCAAACACUGAAUGGGGAGUCUUUGGCCUAAAAAAAAAUAAUAAAAUAAUUAAUUUUUAAAGAAAGUCUAUGCAAGUCUUAAGUUCAGUUCUUGUAAGUUUUAUGGUGAUUGUAUUGUAACACCUAUAAAUAAAAUUAGUGGUUUUCACUUUAAA